GACCCGUUAACCCCCGUCAAGUCUUCAGCUCGCCUCCUCCGCCUCGGCCCACCGAUCCGCACCCGCACCCACCCCGGCGAGCUCUCUCGCCUCCUCUCCUCUGGACGCUGCGGCCGCCGCGCAGCUAGCGCCCCCGUUUCCAGAGGCGAUGGCGGAGGAGCUGGUGCUGGACACGGCGAUCCGGGACUGGGUCCUGGUCCCGCUCUCGGUGGUGAUGGUCCUCAUCGGCGUGCUCCGCUACUUCGUCUCCAAGCUCAUGCGCUCCCCGGCUGCCUCCCCAUCCCCCGACCCCAAGCUCGUCAAAGAAGGGCAGGUGGUCGUCAGGGCGAGGAACCUGAGGACCAACGCGCAGUUCAUCCCGGCCAAGGCCUUCAAGGCACGCAAGGUUUAUUACACCAACGAGGAAAGCGGAUUACUUCAUGUUCCGAAGGAAGAGGCACAGAAGGCUCAGGCAGCCAUGUUUUCAGAUCCAAACAUGGCCAUGGACAUGAUGAAGAAGAAUCUAUCCAUGAUAGUUCCGCAGACACUUACGUUUGCAUGGGUGAACUUCUUCUUUUCAGGUUUUGUUGCAGCUAAAAUUCCCUUUCCAUUAACUCAAAGAUUCAGGGGAAUGCUGCAAAAUGGGAUUGACCUGAGUACUGUUGAUGUCAGCUAUGUUAGCAGCCGUUCAUGGUACUUCCUCAAUUUAUUCGGCUUGAGGGGUCUCUUCAGUCUGAUCCUUGGUGAAGAAAACGCAACUGAUGAUGCACAAAAGAUGAUGCAGAUGGGUGGUGGAUUUGGAGGUAACCCCGCAAUGAGUUUGGGUGCAGAGAAAGACAACCUGGAUAUCAUCCAGCAUGACUGGGCUUUACCGAAGAUGGAGCGGCACGCUGAAGAUGUGUUGAAGAAGCUGUUGAAGAAAUGAUGUGAACAAACAACUAGGCUUCUGCAAAGCAUCACCACAUCUUGCAACUUUUUGUUGUAGCCUGUUGAUUGACCAGAAAGUUUUUACAUUUCUAACUGUAUUAUUUAUGAUCAUAACUUUCUACGAAGCUGGAGGCCUUCUAGGUUCAGAAAAACUUUGGUAUUUUGGUACUUAAGUAGAAAAGAUGUAAUUUUGUAAACAUGUUUCUCCUGUUAUGGUUUUCCCUGCUGAUUGAAUCUGUCAGGUUUGUGUUAUGAUAUAGUGCGUUUCAGGUUA